AUGUCCUUUUCCUUCGAAAUCAAUCCACGACUUUUGACCGAUCUUCCUCCUCCUCCUCCUCCUCUACCAUCCCAUCAAGCUCUCCAUCCUAUCUAUGACUACCAACAGCAUCCACUCCUACCUCUUGAACAAGCUUGUCAACCACUCCACGAUAUUCUCGGCACCGAACUACAACUCUACAUGACGAUCGCCAAUCUCAAUUGCCAACAGCCCAAACAAGGCCUCACACAAGAUGAAUCAGCAUCCAUCUAUUUGUACACAAUGGAAUGGAACGAGCCACACCACAGUCUUCACGUUCUUCUCAAUCAAGCUCUUUCUUCUCUCGAUCCCAAUCAACUGCAACCUUGGCUCAACUAUCUCAAACUAUUCUACACAGCACUCUUCAAACUACCGUAUGCUGAAUGUAAUACACUGUGGCACGGUGUGGCGAAGGACGUUGUUGAAGAGUUUCGCGAAGGAGAUGAAGUGACAUGGUGGUCGUUAACUUCGAUGACAUCUUCGUUCGAUGCUCUUCAGUCUCCGAUGUAUUUGGGAAGAGAAGAAGUGCAGACGGUGUUUUCGAUCGAGACGAAGUAUGGAAAGUCGAUUCGAGAACACUCGCAUGUUCAGAAUGACGAUGAGAUAGUUCUUCUUCCUGGCGUAACGGUGAAAGUGAUUGGGUCGUCGAAGGGUGAAGACGGAAUUCAGAUAGUUCAGUUGCGUGAGGUAGGUUUGCCUGAUGAAUUUAUAAUGGCAGACACCAUUCUAGUAGCAGAUGAAUAUCGUAAUCCGGAGCUAGAAAAAAUAAUUCAAGCGUCCCCAACUCGUGGUAAAUUGACUUUAGACUCGAUGAAUCUAAAUGAUCAAGAUAUGGAGAUUGUCGUCAAAUUAGGUCUAAUCGAAAAGAGAUGUAUGAUUCUAUCGCUUCGUGACAAUCUAAUAACUUCUGUCGGUGCAUCUAUCUUAUCGGAAGCAUUUCCUGCAAAUCCCACUUUUAAGUCGCUGAUUCUCGAUGGAAAUCGCAUACUGGAUGCAGGUGUUCAGUCAGUUGCCAAAGGAUUAUCGGAUGUGAACAUCUAUUUUCGUACUCUUUAUCUGAAUUCUGUUGGAAUGUCGGAUGCCGGUUGUGAAUACCUCGCUGAAGCGAUCGGAAUCAAUCAUUGCAUAAUCUACUUAUUUCUAAACAACAAUGAGAUUACCGAUCGGGGAGUUCGAGUAUUACUCGAAAAAAUUAGAUCGGGUCAGUGUGGUUUAACAAUGCUAACCUUGUCCGGCAACAGCCUGAUAACUGACGACAGUGUAGAUGUGAUAUGCUCUGCUAUAUCCACCAAUAUCGCGUUUCAUCAAUUGCAUUUAUGUCAUUGCAGUUUGACGCCCGCAGGUCAGGACCGAAUCCGAACAGCAGCGAAACGAGGCGGAUUCGUUCUUUACAUAUGA